UCUGGGCCAGGGGAUGCAAGGGUGAAAAAGUGACGAGGACGGGAUGGGCCAUUCCAUGAAGAGCGUUGGGGUUGGAUGUUGCGAUUGCGAUGGCAGGUUUGCUCCUUUGUUCCUGCGCGCUUUUCUUGUUUCGCAUCUAUCCUCCUCUUCAAACGUUCUCCCGCUUACACCUAACAACAUGCAAGUCAAAACCCACCGCCUCUACCGAGCAUAAUCCAAAACAUCCUCGUCAUGAGCUCCUCCUCAACACCAUUCCUCACCAUGCCUAUUACCAGCAAGCCCAGCGCCGACACGUUCCAGUCUAUCGCUCCACACCUGAGCCCAGUAGACUGGAUGUGCAUGCUCAUAGUUGCAAUCACGCCAGUGUGAAAACCUCGGUUUGCAACUGUCAAGAUCAGCAACAGGCCUUUCUUGCAAUCCCAGAGUCCGAGAUGGAGCGCCAAGUAGCCAAGAUAGAGGAUUGGUUGCGGCCUGCAAGGGAGGAACUUUGGCGUGGUCGGGAUAGGGAGAGUGAUGGUAUGACUUCUAUACCGUAGAUGAAAGGCCGUGAAGUAGGACAGUGUACUUAGUAGAUGUACAACAUG